CGGGGCCACGUCAAUGCGCCAUAGACAAAGGGCGGGCGCGCGCACGUCCUUACGCACGCCUCGGCCGGCGACGGCGGGCGAGCACGGGCGGGACCGUCAGCGGAGGGGCUUGGAGCCCGGCAGCCUGGCGGCCGCUUUGGCAGCAUGUGAGCAACUUCCUGCCGAGAACGCAGGUCACCGCUGAGAAGGGGGCCUUAGGAGAAGAGUAUCCAGAGGAAGCCAGUGCCAGAGGAAUCACACUCCCCACAGCAGCAUGAGACAGUGCGCACCCACGUGUGUGUCCGACUGGUGAAGACUGUAGCUCUCCUGGUCGGAGGGUCCUGGAGGCAGCAUGCACCAGGAGCCUCUCUAGAGGAAGAAUGGAGCCACGUAUGAACUCUCUACAAUGAACACAAUUUUCAACUUAGGAAGGAAUUUUAAGUAAAACAGUUAUUUAAUUUCCACAUAAUCAGGUUCAAUAGCCUUCUGUGUGAGGUGCCAGCAGUCACCCCCACCACAGGAGUUAGCAGGAUUUUUCUGGCACCAGGUCAGUCUCUUCUUGGUACUUCUGGCAAUGAUAAAUCUUCAGGACAGAUUUAUCUGCUGAAUGCUUUCGGGCAGGAGAAAAAAAACCAAACCUUCUGGAAGCAGCACAUGAGUAGUCAAGCUGAGAUCCCUCUGGCACCGUGCACCUUUCCAGAGCCCAGCCUGGACUCAGAUGCUCACACCAGAGAUCGAUCCUGCCUCGGCCACCUCUAAAGCCCAUCUGUUCCGGGCGAGCUGGCAUUUCUGGCUGCCUCCUCUGGCCCUCUGCACUGCCAUCCGGCUCCCAGGCUUUCUGUUCAGGCAGUCAGAUGUUGUGACUUUUGGAAUGGAGCUUUUUAUCCUUUGGGAACUCGCUUCCUUUCCCAGGCUGGUGCCAUCUGAGGGGACCGUCUGAAGGCCGUUUUGCUCUUGGGGACGAGGGCAUUGGCCUUACCUGGGUUGUCCACGAUGUUCCUGUUGCUGCCUUUUGACAGCCUGAUUGUCAACCUGCUGGGCAUCUCCCUGACUGUGCUCUUCACCCUCCUUCUUGUUUUCAUCAUAGUCCCUGCCAUUUUCGGAGUCUCCUUUGGCAUCCGAAAGCUCUACAUGAAAACUUUGUUAAAAAUCUUUGCGUGGGCUACCUUGAGAAUGGAGAGAGGAGCCAAGGAGAAGAACCACCAACUGUACAAGCCCUACACUAAUGGAAUCAUUGCAAAAGAUCCCACUUCACUGGAAGAAGAGAUCAAAGAAAUCCGUCGUGGCGGUAGUAGUAAGGCUCUGGAUAAAUCCCCGGACUUUGAGCUCUCUGACAUUUUCUACUUCUGCCGCAAAGGAAUGGAGACCAUUAUGGAUGAUGAGGUGACAAAAAGGUUCUCAGCAGAGGAGUUGGAGUCCUGGAACUUGCUGAGCAGAACCAAUUAUAACUUCCAGUAUAUCAGCCUUCGGCUCACUGUCUUGUGGGGCUUAGGAGUGCUGAUCCGCUAUUGCUUCCUUCUGCCGCUCAGGAUAGCUCUUGCUUUCACGGGGAUUAGCCUUCUAGUGGUGGGUACAACUGUGGUGGGAUACCUGCCAAAUGGGAGGUUGAAGGAGUUCCUGAGCAAACAUGUUCACCUGAUGUGUUACCGCAUCUGCGUGCGAGCCCUGACAGCCAUCAUUACCUACCACGACAGGGAAAACAGGCCUAGAAAUGGUGGCAUCUGUGUGGCCAAUCAUACCUCUCCUAUUGACGUCAUCAUUUUGGCCAGUGACGGCUACUAUGCCAUGGUGGGCCAAGUGCACGGGGGCCUAAUGGGUGUGAUUCAGAGAGCCAUGGUGAAGGCCUGUCCCCACGUCUGGUUCGAGCGGUCGGAAGUGAAAGAUCGCCACCUGGUGGCUAAGAGACUGACUGAGCAUGUGCGGGAUAAAAGCAAGCUGCCCAUCCUCAUCUUCCCAGAGGGAACCUGCAUCAAUAAUACAUCAGUGAUGAUGUUCAAAAAGGGAAGUUUUGAGAUUGGAGCCACGGUUUACCCUGUUGCUAUCAAGUAUGAUCCCCAAUUCGGUGAUGCCUUCUGGAACAGCAGCAAAUACGGAAUGGUGACCUACCUGCUGAGGAUGAUGACCAGCUGGGCCAUUGUCUGCAGCGUGUGGUACCUGCCUCCCAUGACCAGAGAGACUGACGAAGAUGCUGUCCAGUUUGCAAAUAGGGUGAAAUCCGCCAUUGCCAGACAGGGGGGGCUCGUGGACCUGCUGUGGGAUGGUGGUCUGAAGAGGGAGAAGGUGAAGGACACAUUCAAGGAGGAGCAGCAGAAGCUCUAUAGCAAGAUGAUCGUCGGCAACCAGGAGGACAGGAGCCGGUCCUGAGCCCGUGUGGUGUGGCUGGAGCCACCCUUUCUGGACCUCAGGGCUUGUGUUCACGCUGCUGUGCAUCCCAGGACCCUAGCCUCCUCAGAGCCACCCCAGGUUCCUGGGCCAGCCAUCAGAAGCGACCGCUGCUGGGCGCUGUGCCCAGGACGAGAUGCCUUCUUGUUUCUUGUAUGACAUGUCCGCUGGAGGAAUACCAUUAAAGUCAGCUCUCCACUUGGGCGGGUGUGGGGCUGAGUGUAGGGAAGGUUGGCUCUACUCCAUGCUCUGACGUUAGGAGGUUAGUCUGUUACGGAUGCCCACCCGCCAGGGCCUUUGCUGGGAAAGCCGCCCGCCCAGCAACAGAGGCACUGCCCAGGCAGUGUGGCUUACUUCCGCCUACACGUCACCCCCCUGCUUGGGACCCUGCAGAGAUGAUGAAAAGAAAACUUGCCUGCAGGGGCUGCCAGCAAAGUGAGGUUUUCUGCACUCACACUCCUGCCCGUGCGGUCACCUGAGGGGCUGGGCAGCAGUGAGGUGGACUCGUUGCCAGUGUGGGACACCAGGGGUCAGUUUGCGCUCAAACUCCAGUGCUGACCCUGGACGCCCAUGUGACUUUGCUCUCUGUUACAUGUGCCUCGGUUUCCCCAUCUGUAACCCGGAUCAGGCGGGGAGGGGCUGUGCCUACCUCACCGGGUUGUUGUGGGGCCUGCGGUGCUGGUCUGAAUGAAGGAUGAGCGUUCCAAGUGCAGGGCCGCCAUGUGGCAGGGUCUGAGCGCACGUCCCAGGCUGCUGCUCAGGCUUUGCGUUUGUUUCUGUGAGUAAAUAAAAGUGUCUUUGAAGGUGAA